GUUGUCAUGGGGGAGGUGGUGGCGCUUGGUGGCUACUGGCGGCCGAGGUAGAGGCAGUGGCGCUGGAGUUGGUUGGGGGCAGCGGCAGAUUUGGAGCUUCAGCAACUUCUUCCAGGGAGGAGGUCCAGUGUAGCUGCUGUUGCGACCCAAGAUCUUGAUUCACAUCCAUAGAUUGGAAUAUUGGUGUACCAGCCAUCCUCAGACCCCUCACUAAGGACAGAUGAGGAAACUGAGGCUUGGUGAAGUUACGAAACUUGUCCAAAGUCACACAGCUUGUAAAGGGCACAGCCAAGAUUCAGAGCCAGGUUGUAAAAAUUAAAAUGAACAAACUACGGCAAAGUUUUAGGAGAAAGAAAGAUGUUUAUGUUCCAGAGGCCAGUCGUCCACAUCAGUGGCAGACAGAUGAAGAAGGGGUUCGUACUGGAAAAUGUAGCUUCCCAGUUAAGUACCUUGGCCAUGUAGAAGUUGAUGAGUCAAGAGGAAUGCACAUCUGUGAAGAUGCUGUAAAAAGAUUGAAAGCUGAAAGGAAGUUCUUCAAAGGCUUCUUUGGAAAAACUGGAAAGAAAGCAGUUAAAGCAGUCCUGUGGGUAUCAGCAGAUGGACUCAGAGUUGUGGAUGAGAAAACUAAGGACCUCAUAGUUGACCAGACAAUAGAAAAAGUUUCUUUCUGUGCCCCAGAUAGGAACUUUGAUAGAGCCUUCUCUUACAUAUGCCGGGAUGGCACUACUCGGCGCUGGAUCUGUCAUUGCUUUAUGGCUGUCAAGGACACGGGUGAAAGAUUGAGUCAUGCAGUAGGCUGUGCUUUUGCGGCCUGUUUAGAACGGAAGCAGAAGCGGGAGAAGGAAUGUGGAGUGACUGCUACUUUUGAUGCCAGUCGGACCACUUUUACAAGAGAAGGAUCAUUCCGUGUCACAACAGCCACCGAGCAAGCAGAAAGAGAGGAGAUUAUGAAACAAAUCCAAGAUGCCAAGAAAGCUGAAACAGAUAAGACAGUUGUUGGUUCAUCAGUGGCCCCUGGCAACACUGCCCCACCCCCGUCCUCUCCCACGUCUCCCACUUCGGAUGCCACUGCCUCCCUGGAGACGAGCAAUCCUCAUGCCAUCCCGCGUCGGCAUGCACCCAUUGAACAGCUUGCUCGCCAAGGCUCGUUCCGAGGAUUUCCUGCUCUCAGCCAGAAGAUGUCACCCUUUAAACGCCAGCUAUCCCUGCGCAUCAACGAGUUGCCUUCCACUAUGCAGAGGAAGACUGAUUUCCCCAUAAAAAAUGCAGUGCCAGAAGUAGAAGGAGAGGCAGAGAGUAUCAGCUCCCUGUGCUCACAGAUCACCAAUGCCUUUAGCACACCCUCCGAGGACCCCUUCUCAUCUGCCCCAAUGACCAAACCAGUGACGGUGAUAGCACCACAGUCUCCUGCCUUUCAAGCUAAUGGCACUGACUCAGCCUUCCAUGUGCUUGCUGCUAAGCCAGCCCACACUGCUCUAGCACCCGUAGCAAUGCCUGUGCGUGAAACCAACCCCUGGGCCCAUGCCCCUGAUGCUGCUAACAAGGGAAUUGCAGCCACACAUUCGGGGACCGAGUGGGGUCAAUCUUCUGGUGCUGCAUCUCCAGGUCUCUUGCAGGCUGGUCACAGACGCACUCCCUCCGAGGCGGACCGCUGGUUAGAAGAGGUGUCCAAGAGCGUCCGGGCGCAGCAGCCCCAGGCCUCAGCGGCUCCUCUGCAGCCAGUUCUCCAGCCUCCUCCACCCACUGCCAUGACCCAGCCAGCGCCGCCUUUCCAAGGGAACGCAUUCCUCACCUCUCAGCCUGUGCCAGUGGGCGUGGUCCCGCCCCUGCAGCCAGCCUUUGUCCCUGCCCAGUCCUAUCCUGUGGCCAAUGGGAUGCCCUAUCCAGCCCCUAAUGUGCCUGUGGUGGGCAUCACUCCCUCCCAGAUGGUAGCCAACGUGUUUGGCACUGCAGGCCACCCUCAGGCCGCCCACCCCCAUCAGUCUCCCAGCUUGGUCAAGCAGCAGACAUUCCCACAGUAUGAGACGAGCAGUGCUACUGCCAGUCCCUUCUUUAAGCCGCCUGCUCAGCACCUCAACGGUUCUGCAGCUUUCAAUGGUGUAGACGAUGGCAGGUUGGCCUCAGGAGAUAAGCACACAGAGGUUCCUGCAGGCACCUGCCCAGUGGAUCCUUUCGAAGCCCAGUGGGCUGCAUUAGAAAGCAAGUCCAAGCAGCGUACUAACCCCUCUCCCACCAAUCCUUUCUCCAGUGACUUACAGAAGACGUUUGAAAUUGAACUUUAAGCAGUCUCUAUGGCUUAUGUAUUUUGUCUGUACUUAGCAAGGGCAGGGGCAGAGGUCAAAGGAGCAAAGGGAACUUUGUGUUCCCAGUCAGUAUACUUUUCACCAAUCCCAAAGGUCCCAAGGCAUGUCCAGGCAGAGAGUGCUAGGAGAGGUGGUUCUGAAAAAAAUGGAAAAAACAUUCCUAGAGAAGAGUUGUCUUGCAGUUAGGCUAAAGAAGUCAAGGAGAUGUUGCCCUCUGUCCCCCUCCUACUCCCUCAGCCCCUUACAAAUCUCUGGCAACAGAGAGGCAGAAAUAUCUGAACAGGAAUCUGUAUUCAAAGCACAUUUACUGGAAUAUAAAACACAACGGGAAGCAAAACAAUCUCCCUUUGUUUUUCAGGCCAUUCACCUGCCGCCUCUCAGUACUGGCCUUAGAGAUCAAGAACAUGGUGGGCUGUGCUUGGGCUGGGGACGGGAGGCAGGCUAUGUCGCCAGAAUUCCCAGGAGGGCACAUCAGCAGCUGCCCAACAGAGCUAUAUUUUAGGGGCAAAGUUGAGCUUCCACUUUGAGUAAGAAUAAAUAUUAUAAGUAUAUAUAUCAAAAAAAAAGCCAAAAUCUUUAUUUUUAUGCAUUUAGAAUAUUUUAAAUAGUUCUCAAUAUUAAAAAGUUUUAUGAGUUGUAAGUAAUCUUGCCAAAGGUAAAAGGGUUAGCUGUAAGAAAUUGUACAUAAGAUUGAUUUAUCAGUGAUGCCUAUUGAAGCGGAGAGAGGAAAGGUGGGGAGUUGCAGAUGGGGUCCCUAGCUUAUUUGGUAUCAUUCAUUGUAAGUAGCACAUUGCAGCAACAAUCAUGCAUAUGACCAAUACAGUCACUAGGUUGUAGUUUUAAAGAAAAUGAAAGAGCAGUAUUGUCCUGGUUUUAAACCUGUGAUGAAAUUCUAAUGUCUUUAUUUUAAUGGAAUCAAUCUAAAUACUCUAUAGAGAAUAUGCAUUUUCUUUUAUAUACUGCUGUUUGUUUAUGUUAAUCCUCUAACACUAAGGUGACAAUGACAGAAUCACGUCCGUUGAUGGGGAGCGCAGGCUACUGUGUUGGUUUGUCAUGUGGGUCUUGGUGGGUCUUGUUUUGUCCUUUAGGUUUUGUCCCCACGAGUUUUGUGGGGAUGGAGAUUCUAGUUUUAUUAGCUGUGUGUGCGUCUGUCCCCCCACUUGUGAUCAGAAUGUCCCGUUGCCAGUGGCGGCCUCUUGACCUCUGGUAACAACGUGAGGUCCCAUCUCAUUCUUACUUUUGAACAUUGGCCUUACAAUCAAAUGUAAGUUAUAUAUAUUUGUACUGAUGAGAAUUUAUAAUCUGCUUUAACAAAAAUAAAUGUUCGUGGUAGAAGCUUUU